AUGUCAAAACUCAUCUUUGAAUAUAUUAUUGACGAAGACGAAGGUUAUUGUGCAUCUGCAAUUAUUCCAGGAGGAAAAUUAUUUAGUGAAGGUAAUACAUUAAAAGAAUUACAUACUCAUUCUUGUUUAGAUGCCAAAUAUCAUGUCAAACAUCUUCAUGAACUGGAUCCACAUCAACAUUGGAUUUACAAAAUAUUGAAGUUGAAUUAA